GAAAUAAGACAACGUCAACAAAGCAGCUUUAUGAUCUCGGUACAGCUGCCAGCGCCGAGAAUUUAGCGGAAGAUUGCUUUGUCUCGCGGCCAGUCGAGCCGCGCUAGUUGGCUAGCAGCAACUGCUAUUUAUUGGCGGAGUAGCGGUCGCGGAGCUGAGAAAGGUUGCCUGAACUUGAAGCCAGAAAAGGACUGGACACAAAGGACCACUCGACUUUCUAGAAAUGAUUAGCUGAUUGGUAUCAACCACAACCGCUAAACUAGAGGCCCAAUAACAAAGAUGGCUAGUAAGGGAUAUGAGAAAUUCAGUGACGAUGAAGAGGAGGAAGUGGAAGUGUCUGGAAACACCCCUGCAGAGUCGCCCUCGUCCCCAGCGGUCCUUCAAGAAGUCCAUCAGGUCGAUCCCUCGGCAGCGUCGGAUCAGCGUGAUCCACAGCCAGACUUGGAUCUCAAUCUGAAUGUCGUUACAGGAAUGGAUGAAGAAGCUGGAGGUAGUGGUGGAGGAGAAGGUGGUGGCAAUGGUGAUCUAUCAACUGAGUCAAGAUCUUCCAGAUGGACAUAUGCAGCCUUCUACCGAUGGGUAACAAGCAAUGCUGUGAUGCUUUAUAUCAGCCAAUUCUUAUCUGCAUGGGGUGAUCGUAUGUGGAGCUUCACCGUUGCCCUGUACCUUGUAGAGAUCCAGGAGCAGUCCCUCCGCUUGACGGCCAUCUAUGGACUAUGUAUUUCUGCUUCGUCUCUCAUCUUUGGCGCUGCCGUUGGGAAAUGGGUCGAUAGGACACCAAGAUUGAGAGCUGCCCGAACAUCCCUGAUCAUCCAGAACAGUUGUGUCCUGGUCAACGCCUGUCUCCUGUGCACAGUACUCCUCUUACAGUCGGACAUCCUGAAGAUCUGGAACGGUGGCCUUUACAUCAUCUGUCAACUGAUCAUCAUCGUCCUGGGGACCUUGGCAUCUCUGGCCAGUCUGGCAGAAUCCAUCUGUAUUCAGAAGGAUUGGGUGGUCGUUGUGGCCGGAGGUGACAAGGAGGUCCUUGCCGUAAUGAAUGCCAACAUGCGUCGUAUCGACCUGAUCAGUAACAUCCUUGCUCCCAUUGCCGUUGGUGCCAUCAUGACCUCAUCGAUGCUGGUAGGCGGUAUCUUUGUGGCAUCGUGGAACGCCGUUUCCAUGGUGAUCGAGUAUUGGAAUCUUUGGAGAGUGUACAGGAACGUACCCGAGUUGGCUUUCAAAGGAGGUGUGGACUGCACAGAUGAAGCUGUUCCUGAGCAGGAGGUCACGAGCCAGUACUCUGAAAUGGGUGAGCCAGCCAUCGAAGAGCGAGACCAGAACAGUAACCCUGUGGGUGAUAUCCAGGUAUCAAGGGAUAACUAUGAGUUAGAGAGCAGGAAGGUGGAAUCUACGGAGGCACCGGGACCCGUUGCGCCAUCGACGCAAGCAUCCCAGGCAACUACCCCGACCUCAAGGAUUACCGAUGAUGGGGAAAGAGAUUUUACCGAGAUACCGGUCACUCCUACGUCAGCACCUCCUGCGUCAUCUCAUCCAUCGUCAGCUACCACGGCAACGAAGGAGGGCGGAUGCUGUGGUAGAGUGACAAGACAGUUGAAGUAUAUGUUUGAAGGCUGGAAGGUGUACAAGUCCUACGUGGAGUUUUGGGCAGGUCUUGGUCUAGCUUUCCUCUACAUGACCGUACUGGGCUUUGAUUCUAUCACCCUUGGGUAUGGCUACUCUCAAGGAAUGCCUGAGUAUGCCAUGGGAAUCCUACAAGCUCUUGGAUCCAUUACAGGUAUCUUUGGAACGAUGCUCUACCCUGUCAUGAGGAGUAGAAUUGGACUGGAGAGGGCUGGACUCUACUCCCUAGGCAUUCAGAUAUCUUUUCUCAUGCUAUGUGUCGGGUCACUGUGGGCUCCAGGAUCGCCUUUCAUCUACGACUAUGGCAACAGCACCGUUGAUGCAAGCCAGAGCAGUCCUCCAACGCUGUCCGUGAUGACCCGACAGGUCGGAGUGAUGGCGCCGCCACCUGUUGGUCUGAGCACAACCGAGGCUCCGGACCUGUCAAGGGUGCAGUGUAAAUACACAGGUUCCGACGAGCAGCAGACGUCUCUCGCCUCGGCCAUCAUACUCUUCACAGGGAUCGUCAUGUCAAGGAUUGGCCUGUGGGCAUUUGACCUCGUCACCACCCAGCUGAUACAGGAGAACGUUGUCGAGACGGAGAGAGGCGUUUUCAACGGCGUACAGAGGGCGCUCGAAUGCUGUUUCGACAUGAUCCACUUCACCCUCGUCAUCGUUCUUCCAUGUCCCGAGACUUUUGGAUACCUGGUCAUAACGUCCAUUCUGUUCGUCUCCAUCGGCGCAUGCAAUUACAUGGUGUACUCGUACAAGAGAAGAGGGCACCUGGUCCAUAUGGAAAAGAUUGCACCGUGUUUGAAGAACGGUCAUGUAUGAUGAUCAAUGCAACUUGUGGUAAUUAAGGCAUGAAUUUGAUCCUUAAAGUGGUUACAAAUUUUUUUUCCUAAGGUUUAUUAUUCUGAAGGUUUGUGAGUCCAAAGAUUUGUAAAUUCAAAAAGGAAAUAAGGUUCGCUAUACUUAAGGUGAGACAUGGUAUACUUGUAGGCACCUUGUCCUUAUGGAAAAGAUUGCGCCAUGUUUGAAGAAUGGUCAUGUAUGAUGAAGCAACUCGGUUGCUAAGCAUGAAUUUUAUCCUUAAAGUGGUUACAAAUUGUUUUUACUAAGGUUUAUUAUUCUGAAGGUUUGUGAUUGUUACUCCGGAAAUGAAAUAAGGUUCGCUAUACUUGAGGUGAAACAUACUUGUACAAGAGAAGAGGGCACCUUGUCCAUGUGAAAAAGAUUGCGACGUGUUUGAAGAACAGUCAUGUAUGAUGAAGCAACUCGGUUGCUAAGCAUGAAUUUUAUCCUUAAAGUGGUUACAAAUUGUUUUUACUAAGGUUUAUUAUUCUGAAGGUUUGUGAUUGUUAUUCCGGAAAUGAAAUAAGGUUUGCUAUACUUGAGGUGAAACAUUGUAUACUUGUACAAGAGAAGAGGGCACCUGGUCCAUGUGAAAAAGAUUGCAUCGCAUCGUGUUUGAAGAAUGGUCAUGUAUGAUCAUGAAACUCAAUAAUGGUAAAGCAUGAAUUUUAUCUUUGAAAGUGGAAGAGCUCAUUCUGAGGAUGUUUAUUCCUAAGUGUGAACACUACAAAAGUAUAAUAUUUCAAAGAUUCUUUAAUCUGAAGGUUCGUUAUUAAAAAAAAAUUAAAUAAGGUUUGCUAUUCUGAAGAAUGGUUAAUCCAAAAAUGAAAGGUUUGAAAAUAAAGAAAGAUUUGUAUUGCUCAUUCAUUAAUUUUCUUAUUAAUAAACUUGUUCAAUUUUUGAACUGUCAAACCUCCGGAAUAAUUAAAAAUUAUUUCAUUUUCAUAAUAUGAACCUUCGGAAUAGAGUUCCGAAGUGUAACAUUAUUCAAUUGUCUUUUUUUGUAUUUUACCGUUUUUGAUACCAUAGUUCGGUUGAGCAUGGUGAAAAAAAAACCCAAACCCAAAUUUGGUGGAAUUUGGUCCAUGGGCCCCAAGAUAUGACCUCAUGAAUACACAAUUAGCCCCAUUGGAAUCAAUGUAUUAGACACCGUUCUCACUACGUUCCUAAAACUAGUUUAGUGGAAACUAGUUUAACGCAUAGUGAGAAUGUUCGAAGCGGUCUUUCAAACCAGUUCGGAUAACCACCUCGCGAUGUAGUUUUCAAGAUCGCUUCGCUUCGGUAAACUGGUUUUAGUGCAAGUGAGGACAACCGUUCUUUGGGAAGAGAUCUUUGCACAUUUUGAGCACGCUACUCCAGACAACAGGUGUAGAAUGCCUACGCUGCGGUUUCGAAUUUUGCGCGAAACGUGUCGCCCCACUGAGAGCGUUUCCAUAGCAACAAGAUCGUUUUACCUGAAGUGAUUUUGCAAACCUCUUUCGUGUGAUCGAGUUGGAACACUAGCAAAGCGAUCUUCCAAACUGGUUUCCUGAACCGGUUUCCAGUAAACUAGUUAUAGAAAGCGUAAUGAGAACGGUCUCUGAUUUGCCUGGUUCUGAAUGGUAGGAACCAGGCGUAUCAAAAACGCUGAAAUUCCCCCCCCAAAAAAAAAAUAAAAAUAAAUAAAUAAAAUUGUGACGUCAUCACUUCGGAACUCUGUAACAAACCUUAUUGUAUCGCUGUAUGACUGCACCGUUAGAAUAAUGCAAAAAAUGUUUGGCUUAAUGAACAUCUUGGUAUCUGUAAUUUGCAUUAUUUUGGAAUAACAAAUCUUCAGUAUUGGAAAAUGAGUAUGUAAGACCCUUUAAACAGCUACAGCUAUAUAGUACAGCUGUGUGGUAUGGUAAAAAUGGUACACCAUAUAUUGUUUUACAGUGAACUUCAUACCCACCUACAUGUAUUAUUUACAGCAGCCUGGAUAAUGCAUAUCUAUAUAUCCCGUAUAGGAAAAGGGGUGAUCUUUCAAAUACUGUUUAAUUGUGUAUUAUGAUCUUUGCUCAAGUUUAGCUUGUAAGCAUGCUAAGUGCCUGGUAAUUUAUAAAAUGAAAAAUGUCUUUCCAAUGAGAAUUAUAAAUUUAUAUUUUUGUAUUCUUGUAUAAAUGUGUGUUUUGAUAAAAUGUCUUCUGUAUGUACACCAAAGAAUAAGCGUGUACUAUUGGCAUUGUAUUUUUUUUUUUAAGAGGGUAAAAUUGCAAGUUAAUUAAAAACUACAAUUUCUUGAAAAAUAUUACUGUGCUAGGUGAUUUCAUCCUUUUUUUUUUCAGUGUGUUCAUAUAAGUUUUGUCUUUGGUUUUUAAGGUAAUGUUUGUUAAUUUUGAUAAGAUUUAAUAAUUCAGAAUUGACAUCGACAGCUUGUAUAAAUCUGGUCGGAUGUAUUUCAUCUUUUAUUUUCUAAGGUAAUGAAUAUACCAAUUCAUCUACAUUAUUUAAUGAAUCUAAAAAUUAAUUCAAUUCAUUGAAAGUUCCUAUUCAGACUUAGCUGUACAUAAUGUGUUUAUGUGUACGUCAUUUUUUUGUUUUAAAGGUAAUCAAUAUCUUAAUUUCUUACGAUUCCUUUAAUUUUAUGAAUAAAGAACUUCUCUGAGAACUAGUCUUCAUACUUAAUGACAGCAGCUGACAUGUGUUAAUAUAGAUACAUACGUGUGUACUUCAUUUUUAGUUCUUAAGAUAAUCAGUAUGUUGGAUGAUAUGAUACGCUGUCCAUGGUCGAGUUUCACAAAGCUGAGCAAUUGAUCAUAUGCUCACGUUUUCUGAUUGAUUGUACAUUGUAGUCAAUGCAUUCAAUAUCAAUAAUUUGUGUAACAAUCAAUGCUUGGUUUUGUGUUAUCGGGCCCUGGUGAGAGCAAAAAUAUGCCUUCUUCCGCUUUGAUGUUUCUCUGCAUGUCCUUUGAAGUUGUACAUGAAAGUGUCACAUACGUAAUUUGCAACACGUCUAAACAUGCCUUUAGUGUGUGUGUGUGUGUGUAUAUAUUUGAGUUUUGUCAGACAUGUAUCAAUCAGAUAUGAUUAUAUACGUCUGGGACCGACCUUUAACGUCACCAUCCGAAAGACGUGACCAGGGCUCGAACCUCUGCAUCAAUUUGUAACUUCCCCUCACAGCUUGGAUUACAGGCACACGCCACAACGCCCAGUUACAGCUACCUUGAGAUGGCGCUGUUGAUUUUGAAUCCAUCCUCUGUUACAUUUGUAUCCAUCCCAGUCAUCCAUCCCAUCUACUUAAGACAAAAAAAAAGAAUUAUAUCAAAGCUUUUUCUCUGAGUUUACCGUUCCAUUUGAUUUAUAUUUAUUUUAUGUUUUGUUUGUGCUUGUAUUGUGUUCAUAUAUUGAUGUAAAAGUAAUUGGAAAGCAAUUGAAUGUGCAAUAUAAUCUUGAAUGUC